CUUCACCUGCUCUGCUUCGUCAUGAGUGGAUGAGAUGAAGAGGAGGUGUUUUGUUUAACAAUUCGUCAAAGUGGAUUUUAGUGUUUUGGAUUUCUCCGAGGACAUUUCCCAAUGUGUUGGACAGCAAGGACUACUUCAGCAUCUGCUUUCCUCUUCCUCUUAACUCCAUCUCUCAUCUGAGGGUGGAGAGACAGGCUCAUUUAGGAGCAGGAACACUGACUGGUGGAGCCAUCCUCGCUCCCACUAACCUGCGGAGGAUGGAAGACUAGUGGAUCUCCUUGUUUCUCUCAGCUAUUAAACCUUCAAGUCAAGACUGAAAAUGCCUUUCGGUGGUUUGGCAGGUUUGAAAGAUCAGGUGCUGAAGCCUGGAAAAGAAGAAGUGAAGAAUUCAGUAGGGGACUCUCUGGGAAAACUGCAAAGAAAAAUAGAUGGCAGUAAUGUUGAAGAUCAAGACAUCAUAGAGCUGACAGAGGAUGGACGCCCAGUGGCAUCGACGCCUCUCCCUGCUCCUCUAUUGGACUGCAGCUGCGGAGGGCUGCCCAAACGCUACAUUAUCGCAAUCCUCAGUGGCCUGGGAUUCUGCAUCUCCUUUGGCAUCCGCUGCAACCUUGGCGUUGCCAUUGUGGAGAUGGUGAACAACAACACUGUAUAUGUGAAUGGGACUCCAGUACUUCAGAAAGCCCAAUUUAACUGGGACCCAGAGACGGUGGGGCUGAUCCACGGCUCUUUCUUUUGGGGCUACAUUGUCACUCAAAUCCCAGGUGGAUUCAUCUCAAACAAGCUGUCUGCCAACAGGGUGUUUGGAGCUGCCAUCUUCCUGACGUCUGUGCUGAAUAUGUUAAUCCCGUCAGCGGCCAGGGUCCACUAUGUUUGUGUCAUGUGUGUUCGCAUCCUACAAGGCUUAGUGGAGGGAGUCACUUAUCCAGCGUGCCAUGGGAUGUGGUCGAAAUGGGCCCCACCUUUGGAACGAAGCCGGUUAGCGACCACUUCAUUUUGUGGGUCUUACGCGGGAGCAGUGAUCGCCAUGCCAUUAGCGGGAGUGAUGGUUCAGUAUGUUGGGUGGCCUUCUGUCUUCUAUAUCUAUGGUGUAUUUGGGAUCAUUUGGUACAUUCUCUGGCUUCUGUUGGCGUACGGGAGUCCCGCCCAACAUCCCACCAUCACAGAUGAGGAAAAGACUUACAUUGAAUCCACCAUUGGGGAAACAACUCGGCAGCUCAGUGUGACUGAGAAAUUCAGGACUCCGUGGCGACGUUUCUUCACAUCCAUGCCAGUGUACGCCAUCAUCGUGGCCAACUUUUGUCGCAGUUGGACCUUCUACUUGCUUCUCAUCAGCCAGCCAGCUUACUUUGAGGAAGUCUUUGGGUUUCCUAUCAGCAAGGUGGGGAUCUUGUCUGCAGUUCCACACAUGGUCAUGACCAUCGUGGUCCCAAUUGGUGGACAGCUGGCAGACUUUUUACGCAGCAACAAAAUCAUGUCGACCACAAACGUCAGGAAACUCAUGAACUGCGGAGGUUUUGGGAUGGAAGCAACGCUGCUGCUGGUUGUUGGAUUUUCUCACACACGAGUUGUGGCCAUCACUUUCCUGGUCUUAGCGGUUGGCUUCAGUGGAUUUGCCAUCUCAGGUUUUAAUGUCAAUCAUCUGGAUAUUGCUCCACGCUAUGCCAGCAUCCUGAUGGGAAUUUCUAAUGGAGUCGGAACUCUGUCUGGAAUGGUGUGUCCCCUGAUAGUUGGUGCCCUGACAAAGCACAAGACUCGCCUGGAGUGGCAGAACGUCUUCGUAAUCGCGUCGAUGGUCCAUUACACAGGUGUCAUCUUCUAUGCCAUCUUUGCCUCUGGUGAGCAGCAGGAAUGGGCGAACCCCGAGAGCACCAGCGAGGACAAGUGCGGCAUCAUUGACGAGGACGAGCUGGCUGAGGAGUCGGAGCUCAACAAUGAGAGCAUGGUGGCUCCGAAGAAGAGUUAUGGGACCACAGACAAUUCUUUUGGGCGCAAACAAGGCUGGAAGAAUAAAAAAGGGGUGACGAUGCAAGAGGACGAGGAACAUUACAGCAAUGGGGACUUCCAGGACGGAUACCAGUGAGGAGCACGGCAUGUCCAUGAACUCUUUGGAUUUUACAACUGCAGGAGAGGAAACCUACACCUGCUAAACAUCUGUUUCUGUGUUGGAUGUCAUCUCCAAGUUGAUUGUCGACCAAUCAAACAUCACAGAGGCAGGUUCUCAACGUCAUUUCACAUAACAUCUGGCCAUUGAUGCCUCAGAAAGUUCCACCUCUACAUGUAAACAUGGGUUUUAUGCAUCUUUUUUUGGGCCAUGUGCAACAAUUUUGUUUUCUUUUUGUGUCAGCUAUGCAACAUUUCCUGUUUCAUGAAGCUUUGUUUCGGUUCAGUAUCAGUCUAUGGUGCAGAUGUGAUUUGUAGUGUAGCUCCUGGGCGCCAAGAAGGCUGAGAUUUUACUGUUUACUUUUACACACACAACUUCACAACAUUUUAGUGUUGCUGAUGAUGUUAACAUAUCAUGCUAUGUAACAAGGACGCUGUAACAAGCCAGAAUGUGAGCCACAGGUUGUCACUACAACACAUGAGACGUCGCCUUAUUUCAUUUUUAAAGUUGUAUUUGCUGUUUCUGGAUGAUUGUAUGGCCAUUCCAUCAGCAUCCGUGUGUUUUCUCUUGCAGUUAAUCAGCCUCAUGUUUCGGAAAUUAUUCGAAUGUAAGUCAAAGGUGAAUUGCUUGCUACACAUUGUCUCUAUCUUCUGGUGGAAUCUCUUUGCUCCUUCACUUCACUGUGUUCAUUUACAAGUAAAACACUGAUGGUCAUAAUAUAUUUGUGCCAGAGAGUUUGUUGGCGUUAAUUGUUCUUUAAAUGUGUAAUAUUUUAUUCUUCUAAUCCAUUAAGGGUGGAAU